AUGUCUUCAUCCAAUGUUAAGGUCAUCAUUGUCGGCGCAGGCGUUUGUGGUCUACUAACAGCAAUUCAACUCGAGCGUGCAGGCAUGGACUAUAUUGUAGUUGAGAAAGCUUGCAAGUUCUCUCCCUUGGGUUCUGCACUCUCUUUGACACCUGCCUGCAACUACAUACUUGAUCAGUUGGGGCUUCUUGAAGAGAUUCAAAAACAUUCUCUUCCCUGUGCAAAGAUCGACUACCUCCGUGAUGACCUUUCCAAGGUUGGGUCGAUGGAUGCAGGCGAUCAGAUUACACAUUAUGGUUAUUGCGGUAUCCUCCUCACCCGCCCAACUCUCUAUCAUAUCUUGCUUUCUCAUGUACCCAAAGAAAAGGUCCAUUGGGGCAAACGUCUGGUUGGCUUUAAACAAGACGACCAUGGUGUCGAAAUAGAGUGUGAGGAUCUGCUCAGUAACAAUGACAACAAUAACAAUAACACUGUAGUGUACAAAGGCGAUAUCUUGAUUGGUGCUGAUGGCGCAUACUCGUCUGUACGUCGCAACAUGUACAAAAACAUGCAAGAAGAAGGCAUUGUCUUGCCCAAGAAAGACCUGGCCCCCCUUCGGUUUGACUCUGACUGUGUUGUUGGUGUUACAGACGAAGUAUCUUUAGAGGACUACCCUGCUUUGAAGCAAAAGAAUGGUGACUUUUAUGUGAUCAUUGGCAAAGAGAAAGCCAUUCAGAGAACCGCCUUGGAUGGCAAAUCUGUGCUCAAACCUACUGAAGCGGAUGAUCUAUGCAACUUGGUCCGUCACUACAAGAAUCCAUUAGGUGGUACUGUGGGCGACUUGAUAGACCGUACGCCCAAGGAACGCCUUUCCAAGAUCCUGUUAGAAGACAAGUACUUCUCAACUUGGUAUCAUAAGCGCACAGUUUUGAUGGGCGAUGCUUGUCAUAAGCAUCUUCCAUUUGGUGGCCAAGGCGCAAAUCAGGCCAUCCUUGACUCCGUCCAUUUGGUGAACCAGCUCUAUGGUAUUCCUUCGAAUUCUCUCCAAGAUAUUGAAAAAUCAUUCAAGGCUUAUUAUCAGUAUCGUAGCUCGAAUGCUAAAGAAGUCUUCAAGAAUACAUCGCUUGUUGGAACCAUUCUCAGCUCACGGGGAUGGAUCUCGGACAUGGUGCGCUUUUUAGCAUUGGCUCAUUUGCCGGACUUUAUUAAUAACGCAGGAAUGGACGGGAUGAACACGGAUCGACCGUAUCUUUGCUUCUUGCCCCCGCCUGCGGGCCGUGGAACAGUAAAACCUAAUCCCCAAGCUGUUCCUGUCCACUACAAAAGAGAAUCUACUGUCGCUGCAUUGGUGUGA